AUGGUGGCCCUCAACCAGUCGCAGAGCGUGCUCAUCACGGGAGAGUCGGGGGCGGGCAAGACGGAGAGCACCAAGAAGAUGAUGAAGUACCUGGCGGCGCUGGCAGGCGGCACGGGCAUGGAGGAUCGGGUGCUGCAGACCAAUCCGAUACUGGAGGCCUUUGGCAACGCCAAGACCAUCCACAACAACAACAGCAGCCGCUUCGGCAAGCUCAUAGGCAAGUGCGGCGGCGUGCGGCGGCUCCCUAUCUACUUCAACCGCGGCCACAGCAUCUGCGGCGCACUCACCCACACCUACCUGCUGGAGAAGUCGCGGGUGGCGCACCAGCAGGCGGGCGAGCGCUCGUACCACAUCUUCUAUCAG